AUGUCUCAACAUCCUUCAUCAUCUGGUUCUAAAUCCUCCCAACAUGCAAAGACUCCAUCCAUGGAGUUUGUUGAUGAAGACGUGAUGGACGUCACUCCUCUGUGCAUGAUACCGGGCGACACCACAGGUACCUCCUCCAAUGCUGGAGAUACACAAGGUAAUACCUCUGGUAACUCCUCUCUCUCUAAAGACAUGUAUUAUACUGAUCGUGCUAUAAGGAGACUAGUUACGAGAAUUCUGAGUGAAGGACAUAAAGUUGAAGGGGUGUCUACCCCUCUGUCCAGAAGGGAACCCUCUCCUGAGGGAGAACCACAUGCUGAUAAAGAUGACGAUUCAUCUAGAUCAGAAAAGGAGGUGGCUGCUGAAGGGCUUUGCUCUCUAGGUAAAACCCUACCUAGCAAGAAACAAAAUGUGCCUCAAGAAAAUAUUAUUGAUCUAGAGGAAGAAAGCACUGAAGGAGAGGAUGAUCCUUUGGUUCAUCUGGUUAAACCUAGCAUAGCUGAGAAACUGAGAACUAAGAAAGGGAAAAGUAUGGCUAAAAUGAGAGCUGCUAGAGUGAAAAAGGCUGCAGGUAUAGGACCCUCAAAACCCUGGAGCAAGGUUGAGGUUGGGAAAAGGAAGGAAAGAGACAGCUCUGACUCUGAGGAGGAUGUUAAAGACGAUGUCCCAGACAUCUCCCCUGCAAAAAGGCAGGCUGUUCAGAAAUCUCCUAGAAAGACUGCUGCUGUUACUGGUGUACAUCUUGACAAAAUCUCCUUUCACUUGGAAGAUGGAGUUGCAAAGUGGAAAUAUGUCAUUCAGAGAAGACUAGCCAUUGGAAGAGAGCUUGGACAAGAAGCUAUAGAGGUAAAGGAGAUAAUUUAG